GCCUGUUUCUUAUUGCAAACGUAUGUAUAUAAUCAGGUAGCGAAAACACGGCACGAAAGCAGACUCACGGCCAUCCAAGAGCGUGGUUUCGGUGAAAUGGGGGUAAUUCAGAUCUCUGUUUCUUUGCUCUUAUGUUAUAAAACGCCACAUGCUUGUUAGACUAUUAGAUUGCUUUUAUCAAUAUACAGAAGGGAAACAAUAAAUCCUGGAUUGUUGGUCCUUAUAUUAACAUGUUGAAUUAUGUCCCUGUAAUUGUAGGCCCUACUUUUAUUUAUCUACCCUCACAACAAAGAUUGUCUGAUCUUAGUGAUCUUUACUCACUCCUCCUUCCUGUUUCAAUCACAUGUACUCAUGCUCAUUAUGAUUUAUUUAGUCUUGUCAGUGAAGCCAGAGAGGGCAGACCUCAUAUUAUUUUCAUCAUUAAAUUACCCUUCUUCAUCUAGAAACGGAGUUUUUACUUUUGCUUUAUUAAAUACAAUAAUGGCAAACAACCCCAGUGCAACAAUGCUGAACGCUGUAAAAAAAAGUUCAGAUUUUUUUCGUUAUAAUAGUGAACUUGCUGAGUUUGAGAAGAUGGCAGACCAAGUUCAUAUAACAACUGACACUCUGAGGAAGGACAUGUUUGCAGAAAAACCCCUCUGUUCUUCCAUUGUAGCCGAGCUGGCUGGUUCAGAACCCAGACAGCUGAUUGGCUACUCGUUGUUCUACCCGAUCUACUCGACCUGGGAUGGCGUGUCCAUGUACCUGGAAGACCUCUACGUCACUCCAUCGCAGAGAGGACAGGGCUUGGGGAAGAAAAUCUGGCAACAUGUCACAAAGGCUGCUUUAGAUCUGAACUGUCAGCGUUUGCAUCUAGCAGUACUGAACUGGAAUACGUUUGCCAAAGAUUUCUACCUUCGCUGCGGUCUCAUUGAUCUGACGGAAACGGAAGACUGGCAUUUGAUGAGAAUGAGGAGGAAGGAGAUGGAAAACUUUGUGAAAGAUCUCAAAGACUAGUAGCUUCCCUUUGACUCCUUUGAUGUCAUGCAGGACUCAAAAGCUGGUUAUGAACACCUCCGAUAAACGUGCCUGCAUCAGCAAUUUUGUUACAUGCUGGACUGCUUUAGACAAAUUGCUACCUUAAAAUUACCAAGUGUAAGGCAGCGCGGUGGAAUCAGGCUCUCGUCAAAAUAAUCGAAGUGAAGAAAC